AUGGCUCAAUUCAUCACAUCCUCAAGUCCAGCCAACACUCAUGCUUUCUUUUCUGGUGUUGUGAUACUAGACGUGGUUCCAGGGAACAAAACUGCGAUCCGAAUGGCCUGUGAGGCACUCUCGCAAGGCCCCCUCUACGAAGCCCUCGCCAAUGUGUUCAAGGGAGAGUAUGGCAUACCUAUGACUAUCGACUACUAUAAUAGUGGUCGGGCCGAGUUCCUUCCCGGCACGAUUGCCUUCGUGCAAGGUGCUGUUUCUAUUGAUUCCGCACAAGCUACUGGGGACGCAAGCCCAAAGGCGUUAAUUCGUGCUGAUCAGCUGAUCCCCAUGCAAGGCGACCCGGAAUCCAGCGAAUUUGGAAAGCAUAUGCCUUUCAUGGCCCACGGCUCCCUCUCGUUUAUUGGAACACUAGUCAACACUCGUGUUGAAUCCGGCCAUCGACUCUUUGUGUUUACGACAACUGUCUACAACAACGAGAGGAAUCGCAACCAGAAUGCCCCCAAGUUCUCCACUUUUAAGGUGGCUUGUGCCCUGCCUGACGGUCCGCGAUGGAACAAUUUUCCCACGCCUGCCCACGGGGGUCAUAUGCAAGCUUCCGGUAACUGGGUUGGAUUCUAUGACAUUAACGGUGAGCGAUGCCUCUGUGUUGUAGCGACAAAUCUCUCCUUCAUUCUCAGCCCUACUCGCCUCAUCCCCCUGCAUUUCCCGGAUGACGGAGAUUGCUGUUGUCCUACAUGUAUGACAUGGUGGGAGGAGGAGAAUUCAGAGUGA